AUGCGGCUGCGCGCGCAAACCCUCUCCCGCGCGGGGGCCACUCGCGUGCUCAGGCCGCACCACGUACCACGUACCAACAAGUACAGGGGAAAGAGGUCGACUUUAAAGAAUAUCAAAGAAAGAAUUUUCUAUAUCCUUUUUUCUUUUUGUCACUUCAGUACUGCUGUCUCGUUUCUUCCUCUCCAGCUUUUGGCGCUUUUCAUAAGAAUAGAGAUGCUUCUAUUUGGUACCUGGGCCCUGCUGGCCUUGAUCCCUUGCUCAGGGGCCACAGAAGAGCUAUUUGAGGUCUCCGUUUGGCCAGAUCAGGCCCUGGUAGAAUUUGGACAGUCACUUGUGGUCAACUGCAGCACCACCUGUCCAGACCCAGGACCCAGUGGAAUUGAGACCUUCUUAAAGAAAACCCAGGUGGGCAAAGGGCCUCAGUGGAAGGAAUUUCUCCUGGAGGAUAUCACAGAGAAUUCCAUUCUGCAGUGCUUCUUCUCAUGUGCAGGGAUCCAAAAGGACAAGAGCCUGGGCAUCUCUGUGUAUCAGCUGCCAGAGCAGGUGAUCCUGGAGCUGCAGCCUGCGUGGGUGGCUGUGGAGGAAGCCUUUACAGUGAAGUGCCAUGUGCCCAGUGUAGCACCCCUGGAGAACUUAACCCUUACACUUCUCCAGGGCAACCAAGAACUAUGUAAAAAGAACUUCGUGAGCUUGGCUAUGGCCGCCCAAAGAGCUGAGGUUGCCAUCAGUGUCAGAGCACAAAGGGCGGAUGACAGGUGCAAUUUCUCCUGCCACGCACAACUGGACUUGAGUUCACAAGGUGGAGGACUCUUUCACAGCAGCUCUGCCAUCAAGGUGCUCCGGAUCUUCGAAUUCUCUCAGAGCCCCCAGAUCUGGGUCUCUCCACUGCUGGAGGUUGGGAUGGCAGAGAGUGUGAGCUGUGAGGUGGCUCGAGUGUUUCCAGCCAAAGAGGUAAUGUUCUCCAUGUUCCUGGGAGACCAAGAGCUGAACCCCUUCCUCUCCUGGGAGGGAGACACAGCCUGGGCCAAUGCCACCGUUCGGGCCAUGGAGACUGGUGAUCAGGAGCUGUCCUGCCUUGUAUCUCUGGGUCCGAUGGAGCAGAAAACAAGGGAGCCAGUGCAUGUCUAUAGCUUCCCUCCACCCAUACUGGAGAUACAAGAAUCAUACCCCUUGGUGGGGACAGAGGUUAAUGUGACCUGUUCAGGGCAUGUAUUAACAUCACCCAGCCCUACUCUGAGACUUCAGGGAGCACCAGAACUCCCUGCCCCUGGGGAGCCUGCCUGGAUUUUACUUACUGCCAGGGAGGAAGAUGAUGGUCGAAAUUUCUCCUGUGAGGCCAUCUUGGAGGUUCAGGGUCAGCAGUUGAUCAAAACCACUGCUGUUCAACUCCAUGUCUUUUAUGAGCCACGGUUAGAGGAAUCUGACUGUCCUGGCAACCAGACAUGGGUGGAAGGGACAGAGCGGCUGCUUACCUGCAUCCCAAAGGGAAACCCGACUCCAAGCAUGGUAUGUACCUGGAAUGGGAUGAUCUUCGACCUUGAAGUCCCACAGAGGGCAACCCAGAACCACACUGGAACCUACUGCUGCGUGGCCACUAACCAGCUGGGCUCUGUCAGCAAAGACAUUGCUGUUGUUGUUCAAGGACUGGAUGAAGACCUCAGCUCUACCAUCUUCGUCAUUAUCAUCGUGGCCCUUGGAGUGGGUGUAGUCACCAUAGCACUGUAUUUGAACUAUGGGCCCUGCAAAACAGACAGGAGGAAGUUGCCCUAUAGGCAGAAAGAGAACAACAAAGAGGAGGAAAGCCAGCUUGAUGUUCAACAAGCAGAAAAGUGCAGCCCACAUAAUUGUUAAAUAGAAACAGCAAUUGGUUGAGUGAGGAUUCUACUGGGGUUUCCCAGGGAGGGAGGAGGAAAUCAAGAAGAGGCAGAGCCUGAAAGUGAGGCUACAUUACCCUUUGGGUUCUACAGUUCUGUAAAAGCAGGUAGUGGUUCUGGCCCUGUGGCCAUUGUAUCCAGUCCAUCUGCAAGUUCAGCUUUCUCUUCCUAGUUCUCUAGGAAUUUCAGUCUCAAUGUUCAACUAGUGACAGGACCUCUUGCCCCUUGCUAUGUGCUUAAUCAGUUCACUCCUGGGUUCAAAAAGAAGGUCUGGCCCUUGCCUCGUCAUCCCCAGUCCCACUGCCAUUUGUUCCCCAAAACAACAGAUUGCUCCCAAACAGACUGAAGCGAUAAUAAUAAUAAAAAAAAAUCUCAGAAAUACUUCUGAUUUCUCAUGGUUUUCU